AUGUUUGGAUCACCAUUUGCUAGGUCUAACGGCCAAGGGAUAUCAUCCCCACCAUCCCAUUUCAAGGAUUCUGCGAGAAAUGCUAUUUACCUGCAGUUGUCACCACUGGUGAUAACGUCGACGGGUGCAGCUUCCAUACGAUCGGCACCGUCACAGUUCAAGAACUCACAUAACCACGUACUGCAACGGUCACUGGCAUCAAGUGUAUUUUCUACCAACAAGCGGUCUGUGCGUUCAGCUCCAUCAAUAUACUCGAGUUCGACAGCCACGAUACCAGAGGACUCGGAACCCAUUUCUACUUCGGUGGAGCAGCUCGUCAACGAUAUAGCGUUGCAUGAGACUUAUUUUUUGGAACAGGUGCAAGAGAAAAUGCGCCGGGGGUCGAUGAUAAGUAUAGAUGAUAUGGAUGAUAGUGACGAUUUAUAUAAGAUUUCGCUUGGGUCACAGCUACAGUAUCAGAAUGUCCCGGAGUCGCUCAUUGAUUGGAAUUUAAAUGUGACGCGAUGCAGGUUGAUACUAACUCAUUUGCCGUUGGUAUCGUCAAUACCUGAUUUCAACUAUUCCACCCACUCGUUACCACAGAUAGUGGGUGAUUUAGCAAACAUGUGCCAUCUUGUUCUAAUUCAACCGCAUAUUACAGACAAAGAAUUGAUAUAUACGUUGUUUUCUUCGAAUAUUUACCAGGAACACAAUCUAGAUUAUCAGUUUAAGAAAUCAGUGGCGGAAAUAUCUGUCAAACAAUCGCGUCUACUACAAAUCAACUCCCCCAAGCUGAGCAUUCUGUCACCUAUCACCUCGUCUGACAAUCAGAGUUUUUUGAAAUUCAAAUUCAAAGAGAUAGCUAUAAGAAACUAUUUAAUUAACUUAGCUGCUGCUGCGACAACAGCUUACGAAUAUAAAGUUAAGUCGGACAGCAUUAAGAAAUCAUUAAAGAUGGCUGAUAAAAAGGGGAAGUUAUCGAAAGAAGAGAAAAAGAAGUUAUGGGAACUGGUAAGACUGGAUGUAUUCAAAAGAGCUGGCUUAGAAGAAUAA